GAAUCCUAAUCAAGAGACUGAUAUUUUUCUUAAGAAUAAAGGAAUUCCUAAUGUACAAGCAUGGAAGUGGUCUUGCAUUAUCGACCAUAUCAGAGAGAUCAAAUAAAACUGCAGAAAUUUGCAGAAGCAGCAGUGAAAGAGUUCCCCAUUCGUCAGUUACCAAGAUUUGCACCCUGGUUUCCAAAUGAUUUAAGCGGACUUCCUCUCAAACCAAAAAAGAGGCCACCUGUUAUUUCUUUUGAGGAAGCAGAAGAAUUGAAACAGCUUUCUACACCUUCAGUCUGUGUUACACGAUCUCCUGAUUAUGACUGCACAAAAAAUCUCCUUGAGUUUCAGUCUAAUGUGAAAUACCGACAGACUUUAACACAAGCACAAACAGUUCACAGAUCAAUUAACUUGGAGAGUCAAGGAGAACCACCACCAAAUGGAAAACAAAAAUUGAAAAGAUCUUGGAGUGUCUCUCUGCCUUGCCCUAAGCUUAAAGAAAAGAUUCUCCCUUUAUCUCAAGAACUGCGAAAUAAUUUGGAAAGACUAAAACUACAUGCAUUUUAUCGAGCAAAGUGGACAAUUGAGCAGUCUGUUUGUAAUAAUCAAAAUUUGGAGGACAUUUGGAUAAAAUUGAAUAGGCUUAUCAAGCAGAAUGAAUUGCCAUCUUGCAAUGCUACUAUCCAAAGAUCUGUGGGACAGAUAUGGAUUUUCUGUGAUAUAUUUUACUGUGAAUAUGUUAGAAAUGUUCUUAGGAAAAAGCUGUGCCUUACUGAUAAAAUGAAUUUGCUUGUGCAUAAAUUUGGAGUUAUAUUUAGCUUAUAA